UGGCGUACAGAGAGUCACACACCACUACCCAUUGAUCAACCAUCCCUCGUGUCGUGCAAGACACCUUGAACAGCCAGCAGCAGCAAUGAGGGACCAGUUCGACAUCCCCUACCUCAGACAAAUGCAAUGAGGUCUGUCUGGGUGUAGCGGUGUAAAGGCGAGCUUUUUGUGUUCGCUUCGUUUUGUUUGAUACACACACAGAGGAAGAGAAGGUUCCCGAAUCUGCCGCAGAGCCUGAACCACCAUGCCUUUUACUGCGGGAGAGUUUCUCUCGGGCUCUCUGUUAAUCCUGCUGCUGGUCGCCUGCUCUUCCGAGUUGUCCUUGUCGCCCGAGGAGGCUCACCAGUUUCUAAGAAGGCACAGGCGGGCAAACCAGGUUUUCGAAGAAACCAAAAAGGGGCACUUGGAGAGGGAGUGUGUGGAGGAAAGAUGCUCCAAAGAGGAGGCGAGAGAAGUGUUUGAAAACGACCCAGAAACGGCCCAGCCACCUAAUAUGGCUGCUGGCUGGAGCCGCCUUGGGGUCUGCGGCCAUUUAUUUAUUUGGCCCACCAAACAGGGGGUCAGGACAAGGUGAGCAAUCCUUUUUCUGAUAUGUAGUUAAAUCUAAAAACACUGGGUUGUUUUUUUCUACACAAAUGCUGGGUUAACGUAGCUACUGCAUCCAUAUACA